GUUUUUUUGUUUUUUUCUAUACUCAGCUGCUGCUGGACUUUUGUCACUCGUUUCUCUACACACAUUUAUAUAAACAUGCCAUUUUACGAGCUGGUGUGCAUUGCGCGAUCAACGCUUGCAGAGAGCAAUUUGAAGGAUCUCGUCAAGACCUCUGCCACCCAGGUUCUGAAUCGAGGUGGUGUUGUUCGAGGUUUUGACAACUGGGGUGAAAAGAAGCUUCCCCAUCGUAUCAAGAGACAUCAAGAAUAUUUCACAGAUGGCCAGUACUGGAUCAUGCACUUUGAUGCCAAUCCGCUGAUCGUACAAGACUUGGGCAAAAAGUUAUUGGUUGAUUCGCGCGUUCUUCGACACACGUUCGUUAAGUUGGGUGACAAGCUCGAUACUGUCAUUGCUCGACCUGACAAAAGCAAAUAACGUAUCAUGACAUAUUUAUACAUACAACACACAUCGACACCAACAUACAAAAUGCACACACACACACACACACCAGCGAAACCUACCCUAAAAAAGUUACUCUUGUAAAUAAUAUAGUUUCUUUAGACUGUCUUUCUUCCUUACGCAUUCU